AUGUUAAUCCCCAUUUUGACGCUGAUUGCGUCUCUUGCAACUGUUUUCUACUCUCUUUACAUCAUCGUUUCUACACACAUUCUGCGUCACCGCAUGAAGAGAGAAUAUGGCACACUUCCGCCCAAAAAGCUACCUCAAAAAGAUCCCAUGUUUGGAACUGACGUGGUAGUUCAAAAUCUGGCUGCUGCAAAGAAGUUCGGCUUCCUCGCUCUCUUGAAGAAGCGCCAUGCCGAGCAAGGCCAGACUUUCACCACGAACACAUACCUCCGGACUACCAUCAACACUUGUGACCCAAAGUUAAUCCAGACUGUGCUAUUUAAUCAGUUUGAAGACUUUGGAAUGGGUCCUUUGAGAAGGAAGAGUGCAUCACCCCUUCUUGGCCGAGGCAUUUUCACCACCGACAACGAGAUCUGGGCCAAUCAGAGGGCACUCAUCAGACCAAGCUUCAUCCGCGCUCAGGUGACAGAUUUCAGCAUCUUUGAAACACACGUCGACCAGCUUAUACAGUUGAUUGCGUGGGAGAAUUACAAUGUAGAUCUACAACAGUUAUUUUUCCGCAUGGUUCUUGACUCAAACAGCGAAUACCUUUUUGGAGAAUCGGUUGGUUUGAUGUCAGAUCACGCUUCCGACUCUGCCCAUACUUUCCACCAUGCUCUGGAUUAUGCCCAACAAGGAACAAUUCUCCGACUUCGCCUCGGUAAUUUGAUGUUCGCACACAGAGACGCCAAGUUCAGGGAUUCAUGUGGCAUUGUGCACGCAUAUGCCGACAAAUUUGUCAAGCAAGCCCUCGAGUUCCGCGAGCACGAGAAGCUUUACCCUACGGAGAAGAAAGACGAGUACGCUCGCACGAAAUACGUUUUCCUCAACGAGUUGGCCAAAGACACCGACAACCCAAUCAUGCUCCGCGACCAAAUCGUCAACAUGCUGCUCGCGGCCAGGGACACAACAGCAGGACUGCUAGCAUUCGCCUUCUUCUUGCUGGCACGGAACCCCAAGGUCUGGGACAAGCUCAGGGCGGACGUGCUUGAAAAUUACACCGAGCCAUUGACCUACGAUGCUGUCAUGCAAAUGACAUAUCUACGCUACGUGCUUCAAGAAACUCUUCGUCUCUUCCCUCCUAUUGCCACUAAUAGCCGCAUGGCCAACAAAGACUGCGUGAUUCCGGUUGGCGGUGGUCCCGACGGACGCUCGCCAAUGUUCGUUGCCAAGAAUAAUGUGGUCACUUACAGCACAUUCGUUAUGCACCGCCGUCCAGAACUCUUCGGGCCUGAUGCUGAGGAAUUCAUCCCGGAGCGCUGGGAAACCCUCCGACCAGGCUGGGAGUAUCUGCCCUUCAACGGUGGUCCUCGAGUUUGUCCUGGUCAGAAGUUCGCCCUCACCGAGUCCUCAUACACCAUUGCAAGGUUGUUGCAUGCGUUCUCCGGGAUUGAAAAUCUGGAUCCGACUGACUGGCGCGAGCAACUCACCUUAUCCCUGACGUUGAACAAUGGGGUAAAGGUGCGACUCCACCCGGAAGCUAAGGGACCCUGAAGUUGUCUCUUUC